UUCAUCACGAUCUUUGUGGCGGCGUUCCCAUUGGCCCCGUUGUUCGCAUUGCUUAAUAACUGGUUUGAGAUACGACUGGACGCCCAUAAACUUGUUUGUCACACACGGAGACCGGCGCCCGACAGGGCCAACAAUAUCGGUGUUUGGUUUCCAAUACUUACAUUCAUAGCACAUAUCGCCGUCAUUAGUAAUGUAAGCAUUUCUCAUAGCAUUCACAUCAGACUUCAUACCCAAAAUGCUAUACCACUACGAAAUGGGUCAAAUCGUCAGGACUACGACCAAUCAUUGACUGGAUAUGUGAACUACACUCUGGCCACAGCACCGGCCCAUACAAUGAACAACACGUGUCGGUACCGGGACUGGCGGGACGGGUCGGGUGCGCACACGCCGUUCUACUGGAAACUGCAAUUCGUUCGGUUCGCUUUCAUAGUAGUGUUUGAACACUUGGUGUUCAGUGUGUGCCGACUCAUUGACCUCCUGGUGCCCGACAUUCCCGUAGAAGUCGAGCAUAAGAUUAAACGCGAGCGCUAUUUGGCCCGACAGGCGCUCACAGACCUGACGGUCACCACCGAUGGUGUGGCCGAUGAGGACCCGGAUGUGGUCGAUGGCAAUGAUGAUGAGUUGUUAAAUGUAAUCGAUCAUGAUCAUACGUAAUAAAUGUUACAUGAUUAAAUCAUGUUGAUAUUAAAUUAUUUAUAAUUUAAUAAUUUAAACCAAAAUUCUAUUGACAUUAACUAAACAUGCACAGAAUUAAUUUUAUUGAUUAACAAUCAAUAUUUUGUAACAAUAAGUUAUUAAUGUUAAUUAUAAUAAUUAUUAUCAUUAACUAUUCAUCAAUUAUUAUGAGCAUGUGGC